GCUUAUAUAAUCUGCAAUAUUUUAUGUUUGUUUCUUAAAGGUAUUUAUUUGGUCGGCCAUCAAUUCUCUAAGUUCGUGCUUCUUCAUGCUGCUCUGUUCGUUUUAUUUGAUUUGUUAUCUGAUUUGUUGCUUUUCAACCUACCUUCCCCCAAUCAAACAUUUUCUAAUAGGAAAAGGAGUCAUCAAGAGACAGUCUUCCGUUUUGGCCUCUCUAUAAUCUCUCUGCUACUGGGUCAUAAACCCAAGCUUUCUUUUCUUUCCCUUUGACCCUGUUCUGAGGUUCAUCCUCUGAACCCUAUAGGAAGACUCACAUGGGCAUUAGCUUCUUCUUGCUUUCUAAUUCAAUCCGGGAACCGAAGCUAAGCCGCGGCUGUCCUCCCAAAGUUUUGACCCCGAUAAGCAGAGAAGCAUGUACAUGACAGAUUCUUACUCCAGUCAGAGUUAUGAGAAGUACUUCCAUGAUUUGCCAGCAGAAGAACUGAUAGAACCAUCUAGUUCUGGCGUCUUAAGCAAUUCAUUUCGCCAGGAUGAUGCUUCUCCAUACCAGCCCAGAGCUAGUUCAGGAGCUUCUAUGAUCGCUAAUAACCAAUUUGAUACUUCUUCCAUUUCAUUGGAUGCCCUUGACUUUAACGGUCAAAUGAGAUUAAAACUGCGGGAAUUAGAGAGGGCUCUGCUUGAUGAUGAGGAAGACAUAUUUGAGACUGCUCAAAGCAUGGAAAUUGACCCUGCGUGGGCUGAUCCAAUUAAGAAUAUGCAGCUUCAUGACUCACCAAAGGAGUCUUCAUCCUCAGAUUCUAAUCUUAGUAGCAUCAGUAGCAACAAAGAAGUAUCUCACAUCUCUCCUCGGACCCCCAGGCAAUUGCUUCUUGAAUGUGCAGGUUUACUUUCAGAAGGAAACGCAGAGGUGGCAUCGUCUAUGAUAAAUAAUUUGCGUCAGAUGGUCUCAAUUCAGGGAGAUCCUCCCCAAAGAAUUGCAGCCUAUAUGGUGGAAGGACUUGCAGCUCGCCUGGCUGAGUCUGGCAAGUGUAUUUACAAAGCUCUGAAAUGCAAGGAACCUCCUUCUUCAGAUCGUCUGGCAGCAAUGCAGAUAUUGUUUGAAGUGUGCCCAUGCUUUAAAUUUGGAUUCAUUGCUGCAAAUGGUGCAAUCACAGAGGCAGUGAAAGACGAAAGCGAGGUCCAUAUAGUUGAUUUUGACAUCAACCAGGGAAGCCAAUACAUAACUCUACUACAAACACUCGCUUCAAGGCCAGGCAAGCCUCCCCACGUGAGAUUGACUGGAGUUGAUGAUCCAGAGUCUGUCCAGAGAUCUGUUGGAGGCCUAAAGAUCAUAGGAGAAAGACUUGAGAAGCUGGCAGAAGUACUGGGGCUUCCGUUCGAGUUUCGAGCAGUGCCAUCGAGGACAUCCCUUGUCACCCCUUCAAUGCUCAAAUGUCGCCCUGGUGAAGCACUUAUGGUGAACUUUGCGUUCCAGCUGCAUCACAUGCCCGAUGAGAGCGUUUCCACAGUGAACGAGAGAGACCAACUCCUCCGCAUGGUUAAGAGCCUUAAUCCAAAACUCGUAACAGUUGUCGAACAGGAUGUGAACACUAACACCACCCCUUUCUUCCCAAGAUUCGUGGAAGCCUACAAUUAUUACUCUGCUGUUUUUGAGUCGCUUGAUGCAACCCUUCCCAGGGAGAGUCGGGACAGGAUGAAUGUUGAGAGGCAAUGCUUAGCGAGGGACAUUGUCAACAUUGUUGCAUGCGACGGUGAGGAUCGGAUCGAAAGGUACGAAGUUGCUGGGAAAUGGAUAGCGAGGAUGGCUAUGGCAGGCUUCACUUCGUCCCCAUUGAGCAGUCACGUGACUGACUCAAUACGAAAACUCGUUAGGCAGUAUUGUGAAAGGUACAAGAUGAGGGAGGAAAUGGGGGCACUUCAUUUUGGGUGGGAAGACAAGAACUUGAUAGUAGCUUCGGCGUGGAGGUGAUGAGCAUGAUUCUUUUAACCAGGCAGGGUCAUUCUAUUCUAAUACUUGUUUUGUAGUAUUUACUUCUUUAAUUAAUCAGUGUACGUUUACCAUGUUUGGUUGGAGGGGAUGGGGGUUUGUCCCAUCCAAAGCAAGGGGGCUUAGCGUAGUUCAGAUGCAGACCAAUAUACAAGUCACUACAACCUUGGCUUAAUCAAGACGUGUCAAAUUAUUUGACCGUUUAUAUAUGGUUUUAUGGCUUUUAUUGCCAUUGGCGUUUGUCAACAUCAUCAAUUAAUUUUGCUU